ACGUAGGCUGCGCACUUCGAAGGAUGCAGACCCUGAAUUGGGACACAGCUAUAGACUGUAUAUACAUGUUCUCAACUGAGUCGCACUAAAGUGACGCAUCUGUGUCUAAAAAAAAAAUCCUCUCAGUGCAGCUGGAUAUGGCGGCGCUGCUGAGAGGACUGCGGGCUGGAAGGGCACUUCGGGGGCUGGGCAGCGUGGUGGCUGCACCCACGACAACCAACCCCCAGUGCGGAGGCCUGAGACGAGGCUUCCACCGUGCAGCGCUGAGGCUUCAGGACGAAUCCAAAUCUGACAAACCCCCCUCCUCCUCAUCCACAACCUACCAUGAGCACUACCAGGCCCACUCGACUGAGCAGGACACAGCCACAGCAUCUGAGGAGGCUUCCAGGCCAAACACCAGUUACCAGGACCAGAGCGGAGAGCAGGGUGAAGAGUACGAAACAGAGGAGCAGCUUCAGGCUCGAAUCCUGACUGCUGCCCUGGAGUUCGUCCCGCUGCACGGCUGGUCGAUGGAAGCCAUCGCGGCUGGUGCUGAGACUCUGGGUCUGUCCUCUGCUUCCACUGGUAUGUUCUACAAUGGAGCUGGAGACUUGGUCCUACAUUUCAUCGCCCAGUGCAACUCACAGCUGACAGAGAUCAUGGCUGAACAACACAAGCAGGUGCAGCUGGGCCAGGCCGAACCAAAGAAAACUGCAGACUUUCUAAGAGAUGCUGUAGAGACCAGACUGAGGAUGUACAUCCCCUACAUCGAAACAUGGCCACAGGCAAUGAGCAUCCUGCUCCUUCCUCACAACAUCCCAGACAGCCUGAAGCACCUCUCCACGCUGGUGGACGACAUCUGGUACUAUGCUGGAGACCGAUCCACAGACAUGAACUGGUAUACCAAACGGGCAGCGCUGACAGGCAUCUAUAACACCACAGAGCUGGUAAUGGUUCAGGAUUCCUCUCCAGACUUCCAGGACACCUGGAACUUCCUUGACAACCGCAUUCAGGAUGUAGUCAACAUGGCUACCACUGCCAAACAGGUGCAGUCGACUGGUGAAGCAGUUGUGCAGGGGCUGAUGGGAGCUGCUGUGACACUGAAGAACCUGACAGGGAUGAACCAGAGGCGGUGAUGUUCAAACCUCUCUCAGUCACACUGAUCCUGACAGAAUUUCUAGUUUGUGUCAUGGGCUGAAGAUCAGCUGAUUUUCAUCUUGCUCCCGUUUCUGAUUACCUGUAUGAAAUGACUGAAAGGAUUGGGUUAUGACUUUUAUUCAGCAGGAGAAAGCUAUCAUUUGUUACAGGCCAUAGGUCUCUGUUUGUGUUCACCUGCAGGACCAGUGGCUUUGCUUAGGUUUGUUUCUCUGCUCACGAUUUCGACAUCCUGCUCAGAUCAUUUUUUUGUCUUUGUAUAAAAAGACACACAAGAGCUGUCAUUUUGUUGUUGGAUCAAUUUAAACUUCAAUAAAGUAGUUAUUAUUGUA